AUGUGCGAACUCGACACAACAAAUGAGUCAGGCACACACCAUGGAGAAAGUGAUGAGCGCGAGGAAAAAGUGAUAAGCGAGUUGCUCGGCACAACAUUAGAUUCAGGGACGAGAGCUAUAAGAGCUGAAAGCGACCGAUGGAGUAAACGUCUGAUUGUAAAAUGGUGCACGGACUUCCUUGUCACUCACAGAGCCAAGGAAGUGUCGAAAGAGCAAACGCAGAUAUUGAGGAUAUUCUGUGUACGUUCCACCGUGAUCAGAAGACUUCAAAAUGGGCUGAAUUCUGCUCAACAAAUCGACAAACAACAAAGAGGAUGCUCAACAAAUCGAUGUGCCUGCAAGAAAAAUGGAGAAACAUCAGCUGUCCGAUGCGUUAGAGAAAGAAAUCGUAGAAAACAACGC